UUCUGACCCUAUACCGGGAAGGUUGUACAGAUGGCAACACAAUAUUUUGUUAGCUAUUCUUGUGCAAUAGCAAGUAGUCAAACGUGCACAGUAACGAGCGCUUGGUGCUUAACGCAGAUCCAGUAAUUUCGACCGUUUAGCUAAAUGGUUUUAUAAUAUUCUUUCGCAUUUCAUCGACUACGCUUCAAAAUUGAGAUGCAGAAAGAUUUGCCGCCGCCGUAUUCUGAAGCAGCGAAUGUCGGGUUUAAUGUUCCGCCGAAUCCAGGCCCACCGCAUGGGUUUGCAGGCCCACCGCCUGGGUUUGCAGGUCCACCACCUGGGUUUCCAGGACACGCACCUAACCCACAAGUCUAUCCAGGACCGCCAGCCGCAUCAGUUGUUGUCACAAAUGUGCCGGUUAUGAUGCAAACCUUCGGGCCUUAUCCACAACCGAUGACCUGUCCCUCCUGUCAUCAACAGACCACCACCAGGGUUUUGAGUGAACCAAGCACAAAAACGCAUCUACUUGCACUUCUACUGUGCUUUGUAGGAUGUGUACCAUGUUGUCUUCUGCCAUACUGCCUUGACACAUGUCAAAAUCAAAAUCACUACUGCUCAAAUUGUUCGGCGUAUUUGGGCGUUUAUAACGACGCAGCCGUAUACCAACAACGCCGCUACUGGUGAAAAUGUCCCCAUUUAUAGAGUGAUACUUAGUCAUAAUCGAAUCUUCGUUCCACGCAAAGAAGUUUAGAAAUCAUUUUUUGGCGGAGGAACAACGAAUAAACGCACAUGCUAUACAGUUAGUUAGUUACCUCUUCAAAUGUUUACUCGUAUUUCUAUUUUUUUAAGGGUUUGCUAAAUACAAUGUUCACCAAUUAUACUCAACGUC